AUGGAGAGCGUGGAUGAAAAUGGAGGAAGCCGCCUUGUGGUGACCGAGCUGGGCUACAUCAAGGAGCUGGUGAGGCAGCUGGACGUCAACCUGGGAGGCUGCCCCGACCACUGCAAGCGCCUGGCCGCCCAGAUCUUCGCCGUGACCGAGAGGUCCAUCGGCAUGAUCAGGUCCGGCCACUUCGACUGCCGGAAGCGCUCCGCCGCCGGCCUCGACUCGCCGCCGUUCUCCGCGACGCCCAGCCCCCUGAGCGACGUCUCCGGCGUGCCUUUCCAUGCCAACAACAAGAAGAGGAAGACAAUGGAGAAACGGAAACAUCAGGUCAGGGUGAGCUCGGAGGGAGCAGGAGCGGAGACCCCAGUCGACGACGGCCACAGCUGGAGGAAGUACGGCCAGAAGGACAUUCUUGGAGCCAAGCACCCAAGGGGGUACUACCGCUGCACGCACCGCAAAUCCCAGGGGUGCGCGGCGACCAAGCAGGUGCAGCGCGCCGACGAGGACCCGGCGCUCUUCGACGUGAUCUACCACGGCGAGCACACCUGCGUUCACAAGACGGUGGCCGCCGCGGCGGCCAUGGUGCAGCCGGCGGAGGAGAACCCGGACGCUCGUAGGCAUCUGCAGAACCUGAGCACGAGCCUGACAGUGAACACCGAGGGGCUCACGGCGACGACGGGUCAUCAGGGCUGCGGCACCACCACGUCCUUCUGCUUCUCCUCGCAGGCGGUGAGCGCGCUGACGACGCCGCAAGAGCACUACCCGUUCUCCAUGCCGUCGACGCCGGAGAACUGCUUUGGACAGGGCGCGUCGCUGUCGACGUCCCUUGAACCCUCGCCGGUAACCUCGGACUCGAACCGCUUCUCCAUGAACCCGUUCCAGGCGGAGUGGAGGGCGCAGUCUGAGUACGACGAGGUGGUGUCCGCGCUCGUGGCCGCGGGGACGAUGCCGGCGCUCGCCAUGGAGAUGGAGGAGAACGCCUUCUCGAUGGACGGGUUUGAGUUCGACGUUUCUUGCUUCUUUGCAUCAGACGAUUGA